CGAAGCGUCACGUUUCCACGCGCGAGGACAUGGCCCAGGCGACGUUAGUUAGAAAGCAACAGCGAAUGAGGCAAAAACAAGCGCGGGAAACCGCAACUUCACGCUGACGCCGAUUUAAAAAGCCCUUCGCAAAAAAGUUUCGCCGGUGACGUCAGAUGUAACGGACGACGCUUCCCGGUGUGCGUGUUUGUUUGUCUUUAAUCAUUAAAACCGGACGGAAUGGGGGCCAAACAGAGCAGUCCCGCUGAAAACGGCCGCACUCGAGCGUACUCCGGCUCGGAUCUCCCGUCGAGUAACGGCGGCAGAACGGCGGCUGUGGCGAUGCGGUUUCCCGCUCACGGCGCCUCAGGUGCUUCAUCUUCAUCGGCGUCGUCCUCAGCGGCGGUGGCCUCGCACUAUACCGGCUCCAGGACGCGCUCCGUCGGGGGAGGCACUGGAGGACCGGCCGCAAGACCCCAGUCGAGCAUUAAUAUACCGACCUCGGGAGCGUACAGUUCUCAGGACUCCGGUAACAGCACACCGGAGGAGAACGGCGGAGAGAGAGAGCGGUCCACCGGCGCUCCGAGGCUCUUGAUCGGAUCUUUACCUGCUCACCUGUCGCCUCAUCUCUUCGGAGGUUUCAAGUGCCCCGUCUGCUCCAAGUUUAUCUCUUCAGAUGAAAUGGACCUUCAUCUGGUCAUGUGCUUGACAAAACCUCGAGUGACGUACAACGAGGACGUCUUGGCGAAGGACGCUGGAGAAUGUGCAAUAUGUCUGGAGGAGCUGGUGCAGGGAGACACCAUCGCACGCCUGCCCUGCCUCUGCAUCUAUCACAAAGGCUGUAUUGAUGAGUGGUUUGAAGUGAACCGAUCGUGUCCUGAACAUCCUUCAGAUUAACAACGCCUCGCGCACCUUUACACAGCCUCCUGGUCGUGAGAAGCGCCGCAAUGUGAAUUCUCUUCCUCUUCAUAGACACUGUGACUUCGGUCUCGCCGAACGCCCCUCUCUUCUCGUAGCACGGCCCUCCCUAGUCGCCAUCCCUAAACCCUAGCGUGCCAAAACUCAUUCAGGGAAACUCUUUCCACAUCACGGUCCACCAGAAACCCCAGCGGCGGUCGAGAGCUUCUACUCCAGCGCACCAUUGUCCAGUCAGGAAUGGUGAAGAAGGCGGGUUUUUGGAAGUUCAUUUCAUUGGCGUCUCUGAUUGGGUCAGCAAACUGUGGAUAAUUAUCGGACGAUCGCGGUGGAUUGUGCUCUGGUAAAUGGGACUGUGUCUCUCAGUGCCUUAAUUUUCAGAUCCCACGGGCCGAAGCGGCAGCUGCGUUUCGAUGGACUCGGAGAAAGACGCCUGGAUGUGACGGGACGUGAGCCCUGAUUCGGGUCGGCCCUGAGCCAUACUGACAAGUGCCCUGUCUUUCGUAACAGUGACGUAGCCAUUUUUUUCUCUCUCUUUCUUCCUGGAUGGAGGAAUGACCCAUGCAUCUGGAGUCUGGUAGCAAUAUCUGUGCUAACGGAUCAAGAUUCACUGUAGCCUGUCACAUGACGUCAAGAUAAUUUAUGCAAGUGCAUCUUGUUUUAAUUGUGUUGACAAAUCUGGGCCUUAAUUCAACACAUGACUGACUUCUGUGUGUCUUCAUGUAGGGCGAAUCUCAUCAGAACAUCUCAAAAUCAGAAGACAAAAUACUAAAUGAUAUUUUGCAUAAAGAAAAUUAAGUUUUUGGGGGGGAAUUAAUAUAAUGCAAUUAUUUUUAUUGAAAUCUGGCAGUACAACAAAUGCUCCCAUGAUGAGUAAAUACAUUUCAAUUUAAUAAAUUAAUGAUAUUCAGUGUACUGCUUA